AUAAAAAAUAACAGGGGUAAAAUUGCAAUGAACUCUAUCAUUUGUGGGGAAAUCCAUAAUUAUGUAACAUUUUCUUUCUCUUUCGAUUCUCGAUUGUUUUUCCAAAAAACAAAAGGGAAAACGCUAAAAAUCUCCUUCCUGUUUCCUACUAGCCCUCCAUGAAUCGAAACGCCAAAAUCCAAUCACCCAAACCCUAAUUUCUCCUUCCAAGGAAUUUCCAAUGAAAGAAACUUAUCCUCCUCCGCCGUCGCCCUCCUUCGACGGUGACGACGUGAUCGACGGCGCUUGGUAUGGCAACAUCCAAUACCUGCUCAACAUCUCAACCAUCGGUCUUCUCUGUUGCAUCCUCAUCUUCCUCUUCCUCAAGCUCCGCAGCGACCACCGUCGUAUCCCCGGACCAUCCGCCCUGUUCGCUAAGCUCCUUGCCGUUUGGCACGCCACCGGCCGCGAGAUUGCGCGUCACUGCGGAGCUGACGCUUCCCAAUUCCUCUUAAUUGAAGGCGGUAGCUUCGCUGUCCUCUUAUCGGUCGCUUUUUUGGCUGUUUUUGUCUUACUCCCAGUAAAUCUUUACGGCGGCACAGCUUUAUUAGACGAUCAGUUCUCGAAAACCACAGUAAGUCAUAUUAGUAAAGGUUCAGGGUUACUUUGGGUACAUUUUAUUUUCGUGGUUUUUGUUGUCAUUGUUGUCCAUUAUGGAAUGUCUGCUAUUGAAGAAAGAUUGAAAAUUACUAGGUUUAGAGAUGGGAAUGGAAAUUUAAGUGACCCCAACGCGAAUUCGACUGCGAUUUUCACAAUUAUGGUUCAUGGUUUGCCUAAGAGUUUAGGGGUUGACAGAAGUGUUUUGCUCCAGUAUUUUCAGUAUAAAUAUCCAGGGAAAGUUUAUAGGGUUAUUCUGCCUAUGGAUUUAUGUGCAUUGGAUGAUUUAGCCACUGAAUUAGUUAAGGUUAGGGAUGAAAUUACCUGGUUGGUAGCAAAAAUUGAUUCUCGACUAUUACCGGAAGAAGAUGAAGAUGAUAGGAAUGGAGCUGAAGGGCUUUUGGGUUGGGGCCGAUGGUUGGGGAGGAAAGUGCAACGUGUUUUGAAUCAGAUUAUGGAUAGAUUUGGGUUUACAGAUGAAGAGAAAUUAAGGAAGUUGCAAGAAUGGAGAGCUGAAUUAGAGACUGAAUUAGCAGCUUAUAAAGAAGGACGUGCUCAGGGUGCUGGGGUUGCUUUCGUGAUGUUUAAGGAUGUAUAUACUGCAAAUAAAGCUGUUCAAGAUUUUCGGAAUGAGAAAAAGAGGCGGUUUGGGAAGUUCUUUUCUAUGAUGGAAUUACAGUUGCAGAGGAACCAAUGGAAAGUUGAACGAGCCCCAUUGGCAACUGAUAUUUACUGGAACCAUUUGGGAUCAACAAAAUUAUCACUGAAACUGCGAAGAGUGUUUGUGAACACGUGUUUGUUGUUAAUGCUUUUGUUCUUCAGUUCUCCACUUGCAGUAAUCAUUGCUGUGCAGAGUGCUGCACGGAUUAUUAACGCAGAAGCAAUUGACAAUGCACAGUCAUGGUUGACUUGGGUACAAAGUUCAAGUUGGCUUGCAUCCCUAAUCUUUCAAUUUUUGCCCAACGUCAUUAUAUUUGUUAGCAUGUAUAUAGUGGUCCCAUCAGCUCUUUCGUAUCUUUCCAAGUUUGAACGGCAUCUCACAGUAUCCAGUGAGCAGAGAGCAGCUUUGCUAAAGAUGGUUUGCUUCUUCCUUGUCAAUUUGAUCCUUCUGAGGGCUCUCGUUGAGUCAUCAUUAGAGAGUGCAAUCCUUCGGAUGGGUCGGUGCUAUUUGGAUGGAGAAGACUGCAAGAGGAUUGAGCAAUACAUGAGUGCAUCAUUCUUGUCAAGAUCUUGCCUUUCUUCUCUUGCAUUUCUAAUCACAAGUACAUUCUUGGGAAUAUCAUAUGAUCUUCUGGCUCCAAUUCCUUGGAUAAAGAAGAAGCUUCGGAAGUUUCAGAAGAAUGACAUGCUCCAGUUGGUCCCAGAAAAAAGUGAGGAGUACCCUUUAGAAAAUCAGGACCUGAAUAGUCUUCAGAGACCACUGAUGCCUGAAAGUGUGUUUGACUCUCCUAGGAUGGGUGAAAUUGACAUUCAGGGACAAGAUCUUUCUGUAUAUCCAAUCAGCCGAACCUCGCCUAUACCCAAGCAGACAUUUGAUUUUGCGCAGUACUAUGCAUUUAAUUUGACAAUAUUUGCCCUGACCAUGAUAUAUUCUUCAUUUGCUCCAAUUGUGGUGCCAGUGGGUGCAGUUUAUUUUGGAUAUAGGUAUGUGGUUGAUAAGUACAACUUUCUUUUUGUCUAUAGAGUCCGGGGAUUUCCUGCUGGCAAUGAUGGAAGGCUGAUGGAUACAGUGUUGUGUAUCAUGCGGUUCUGUGUUGACUUAUUCCUCCUUUCAAUGCUUUUAUUCUUUUCUGUCAAAGGAGACUCCACAAAGCUGCAAGCCAUAUUUACACUUGGAUUGCUAGUAAUUUACAAACUCUUGCCUUCUGAUAGUGAUAGUUUUCAACCAGCCCUUUUGGAAGGCAUGCAAAAUAUAGACAGCAUUAUUGAUGGACCCAUUGAUUAUGAGGCUUUCUCGCAACCCAGAUUUGAUUGGGAUACAUAUAGUUUAUGAUUAAGGAAUUGACACUUCCACCAAUUAAUUAAUUCACGAUUUGUUCAGCACA